AUGGGGAAUGUGUGCGGCGGCACCAAGGCACUCAACGAUCAUCCUACUCACCACCGACUAGGAUCUAUUUCUGAAUCUCCUCACCCACAGACACAGGGCAAUAAUGGUACGCCAGUUCAAGCGCCUGUAGCAAAGUCGAGGCCAGCAAAGUCAUCUGGACCCGCAGCAGACGCAAAUGGAGCAGAGGAAAGAGCCAGGAGGGCACAGGCUGCGGAAGAAAGGGCCAAGGCUGCCGCAGCUCGCGGGACAGUAGCAUCGAAUCCUAAACAAGGCCAGCUCGCAGCCAAAGUCAACCAGCCUGUGAACCGGAUCAACAACGAGCGAGAGGAGGAACCGCUUCGGUGGGACUGA